AAAAGGAAGGAAAGAAGGAUUCUCUGGGUGAUGGGAGUUCACACGAUUGAUUUGCGUGCACACGGCGGUGCCGUGUCGUCCGUGUAUAACGAUGUUUCAUCUGUGUUUAGCUAUGCUGUUGAUGGUUUUUCACGUAAAAUGUGUUAGAAUAGAGCCAUGAUCCCCAAUUUCCGAAUUCGUCGUGUCUACCCGUAUCUCGGAGCUGAGAUGCACACAGCAGGUCAUCAGCCAUGUUUACCUGAAAAGGAUAUUCGAUGACAAGAUAUGAUGAAGCCUUGAGUCCCCUGAGGGUCAUUGCUCUGGAAAAAUGCCCAAAUGCAAGUCGAAGACGAGGUUCAUACCUGCAACAUGUGCAUGGACGUUGCUUCUCGCUGCUACCACACUCUAUUUUGUUUUUCCGUGUCCAGAAUUGGCAAGCAAAUAUCAUUUCAGCAUACCUAUAGUGCAGGGCGUCAUCACUUUCUUUGUUCUUGUCAACUUCUCAUUAGCAACAUUUAUGGACCCGGGAAUUAUCCCAAAGGAUAAGCCUUACAAAGAGAAGGAUGACGACUUUCGGUUCCCACUUUACAAGAAUGCGGAGAUCAACGGCAUCACCGUGCGGAUGAAGUGGUGUACGACGUGCCAAUUUUACCGUCCCCCUCGUUGUUCACAUUGCAGUGUUUGCAACAGCUGUAUUGAGACAUUUGAUCAUCACUGUCCUUGGGUGAACAACUGCAUAGGGCGAAGGAAUUACAGAUAUUUCUUUCUCUUUUUAAUAUUCCUGAGCACACACAUGAUCACCAUUUUUGCUUUCUGCCUGAUUUACAUCAUGGACAAUGGUCAGCGACUCAACACUCAUCCUUCUAUCAUUACCAUGGCCAUCAUAGUCAUCUGUAUUCUACUCUUCAUCCCCAUCUUGGGCCUCACUGGGUUUCACAUAGUUCUAGUCUCCCGUGGGCGAACUACUAACGAACAGGUGACUGGGAAGUUCAGGGGAGGAUAUAAUCCUUUUUCCAGAGGUUGUUGGAGCAAUGUCUGCUACACACUAUGUGGGCCGCAGUAUCCGAGCUAUGCUGGCCGCAGGAAGAAGGCAAAAGCAAUUGCUUCUCCUUCGUGCAACGCGAUGAAGAAAGAGGAAAACCAAGUGAAGGUUUACACUGACAACCACACUUCAGGUCUCCGCAGUCCCAUGAACAACGCUUACAACAAGCAGGCAGGUGACAACCCCCAUCGAGCAGUCCCAACGUAUGCCAUGUACCAUCUGCGCUCUGCACAGAUGACCCCGGGCCAGCCGGACGUGUCGGACCUGGAUUCGUACGACGCCACUCAGUCACGUGACUGCGAACCCUCUCCUCCGAUGCACCACGGCUCCAAGACAAACUUCUUCAACCCGAGCGGAUACGACCCCCCUUCGCGGCCUUCCAACAGCAUCCCUCUCCAGCCUGUCAGCGCCGCCACCAGGGCGCCCUGGCCGCCCCCUCACAGCCCGCGAACGCCCCCGCGGAGCCUGACGAGCCCCACGGUCGGGGGACGAGGCUCUCCCGCACGCCGUGCCUCGCCGGGGUCGCCGCUGUCACCCAACACUCCGCGCCGAUGCCCCGUGCCGGCGCCGAUGAGUCCGAGCCGCAAGUUUGCGUCCGAGAGCGAGCUCGACCAGGCCAACGGCAACCAUCACCCCAUGCCAGCGUGCCGAGCUCCGCAGUGGGACAGCCGUGUGCGUCCGGGUUCCAGGGGUGACAUGCGGGGCUCCGGUCCCAGCACCCCGACGUCGUCGUGUCAGUACGUGGCGCCCGCAGCUGCUGGGAGGAGGCACAGCGGCAGUUGUUCGCCGCAGGCCGCGCAGGCCAAGCAGCAGGAGCCCGUGCCAGGCCGUGCGCUGGCCAGGAGGCCCAUGUCGUUUGUGAAGGCCCUGGAGAUGUCGGACUCACUGGAUCGCAGGGCUGCUGCAGGCAUGAGUGGCCGGCAGGAAAGACAUACUGAACAGGGGACAGACCGGAAGAGCCUGUACGACAUGAACUACGAGAUUUCGGUGUAGCUCUUCGAGUGCGAGCUGCGGAUGUUGGGGCAUCCGCAGACGUUAGUGUGCCAGUGAGUGCGUGUGUGUGUAUGCACGUUCACCACCAGUUUCUUUCUCCUGGACUAGUGUAUUUUUAAUGAGGGGAGGGGAGCUAGGGGUCUCUCGUUCAUAGUUUGUGUGCUGCUGUUGAUUGAGUUAUUUAUUAAUGUACAGCCAUAGUGUUCUUUUGCCUCUUACUAAGGUCGGUCUAUCUAGGCGUUAUAUCACUGAGGGAUCAUCCCAAAGUAGGUCUCCCAUGUGUGCACUCGGAAGCGUUAAAAAAAAAAAAAAGUUGAUUGGAUACAUGAUUUAAGAUGCAUGCUCAGACAGAAUCUUGAAUGAGCAGCGAAGAGCUUUGAGAGCAAGCUUGAUGUACCUGCUGUCAAUAUGAUAAAACUGAUUUAAAUGUAGAUUACCAUUCCAUGUUUACGCGCUUGUCAGUUGUAUGUACAGUGUGCAGGGCAUUUUGUACUGCGCAGCAGUUAUGUGCUGUGAAAGUUAAUUUUUCUUCUCAUGGCACUGACCUUAAUUUUUGUUCCAUAUUUUUGAGCAGCAGGAACUGUGAUCACGCAGGAUUGCAUACUUUUACACAAUUUCCACCAACAAAAACUCCAUGCCAGUUACACAAGCACCUUUCAGUUAGUGGGUAUGUCAUAAUAAUAACAUUACAAAUUGUUGAAAGUUGCACAUUUAGCUCUGGAGCAUUUCAUUUGGAUGCCAUGUUAAUUGCUGCCUGUUGUUAGAAUCACAUCCAAGUUCAUUGGCGUACUGCAUUUUUGCAUAAUAUAUCCCCAUUACGAAAUAACCCAUCACAAUUUCAUGUUGGAACCUGUAGCAGCAGUAAAAGAUCGAAUUUUA